AUGCCAAGGAGCCAAGCCCCUAACCCUGAAAGACAGCUCAUGAUCAAGACAAAGGCGUGUCAACGUCUGAUAAAGGAAGUGGAUUAUUACCACAAAGAAGUCAAAGAAAAUGAAGCUAAGCUGGAAGACAUGAAAUCUGCAAACCGAGACCCAUAUGAUAUCAAGAAAUUCCAAGAGGUGCUAGACGAAAGCUACAUGAUGGUGCCGGACAGCAAAAAUCGUUUGCAAAAAUCGCUUCAAGAUCUGGCUGCGUUCUUAGAUGGUAGCGACGCAGCAGCAGUUGCACCGAGUCAAUGGUAUAGAGAAGCUAAGGAACUAUUGAAGACUGUAGAAUUGCUACAUGACGCUGAGAAUGAUUUGAAGGAAACAGAUUUAACAGGAAUAAUUGAGAAUGAGGUUUUUUAA